GUGUGUGUUUUUUUGUACAUAUGUGUGUAUUUGUGUGUGUGUUUGUGUGACCGGAGUGCCGACCCGGAGUUGCCACAGACUGACCGGAGUUGCAUGGCCGAACUAAAAGCACUCGAGCUUGCUCCAGUUACUGGCCUGGUCCGGUCGCUGCAACUGCAACUGCAACUGCAACUGCAACAGCCACAACCACAUUAGAUCAGCUAAUGGCAACACCAAUACAACCAGUAAGAGACUUCAAAUAUUUCUGCAUACAAAUUGAAAUCGAGAUAUUAUCGAAACGGCAUCAGGUUGUUAUCGCCAUCGAUAACGAUAGAAGCGAGAGUCGAGUUCGCCAGCAAACUGAACGCGCUGCGAGUGCAUUUUUUUUUGUUUUUUGUUUGGUUCAUUGCCCAGGCACGCACACAACUGCAGACAGUGGCACACAGACACACGCGCGCCGUGUGUGGGUGUGUGUGCGUGUCGGAUGUGUAAGCUGAACGCAGCAACACUGGUAAACAUGGAUUGGACUCGGUGGCAAGACGCUAACGCCAGAGACAGUGCUGGCAGUAGCAACAUCAGCAACAUCAGCGACAUCAGCAGCAGCAACGUUUGCGAGCAUCAGCACAGCCAGUGGCUACCCAUUUGAUUCGUCCAGCUUCAUAGUAGGUUCAAUCAGUCAUACAACUAGUCAAAACCUGUCAGCCAAACAACCAACCAACCAACCAGUCAGUCAGUCAGUCAGUCAGUCAGUCAAUCAGUCAGUCAGUCAGUCAGUCAGUCAGCAAAUCAAUAUCUAUAUCAAUCAGUGCACACGUCACCCACUCAAUCAGUUAGUCAGACGAAGCAAUCGCUAGUUACUACGAUCGAUUGCCUCUUAAACAUCGUUUAGAACGAGUUCAUUAAAAAAAAAAUAAGAAUUAAAAGUAAAAAUAUAAACAAAAACUGUAAAUAAAUCGAAAAGCCAUUACAACUUAUAGAUAUAUAACAUAUAUCCAUACAAAUAUAUGUGAAGUGCAGUGCUAAUUGAACUUAUCUGAGUGCCGGGCCAAAGAAACAAAACAAUAUUGGAUUGGAUUGCGGAGUCGGGCACGGAGAGGGCGGCGUUAGCUGCGGUUUUGUUGCCCAAGUGGAAGAGCCAAUAACUUGCAGCACUGCCACAGCCAACAGCAGCAGCAACAGCAGCAACAGCAGCAACAAUAAGUCUAUAACAAGAACCGCCUCAACACUGCCAAUGCCCUCAUUGCCAUCAUAAUUAAUCAACAACGUCAUCUUCGUUUGUUUAGAUUUGACACAACGUUCUAUCGCGUAAGCUAAAGCCACAUCUGGUCGCCGACACCGUCAAGCAGUACAUAAGUCGGGCGCAACGAACAACAAAGAAGGGUUCUCAAGAGCAACAAAAUAACAUGGAGUUUUUACGUGGUGUCUAUGCGUUUAUGCAAGUGAGUAGAUCAUCGGUGUCUCAUGUCAAAAUCGAUUCACCUGUUUUUCGCCUGCACACAAACGCAACGGUUAUUUUACUGAUCACAUUCUCGAUUGCUGUGACAACGCGGCAGUACGUAGGAAACCCCAUAGACUGUGUACACACAAGAGACAUUCCGGAAGAUGUUCUCAACACAUAUUGUUGGAUACACUCAACGUAUACAGUUGUGGAUGCGUUCAUGAAAAAGCAAGGUUCCGAGGUGCCUUUUCCUGGAAUUCACAAUUCACAGGGGCGUGGCCCUCUAACAAUAAAGCACACAAAAUAUUAUCAAUGGGUAGCGUUUACACUAUUUUUUCAGGCAAUCUUAUUUUACACACCAAGAUGGCUGUGGAAGUCUUGGGAGGGUGGCAAAAUUCAUGCGCUCAUCAUGGACUUAGAUAUAGGCAUUUGUUCCGAAGCCGAGAAAAAACAAAAAAAGAAAUUACUUUUAGAUUAUUUAUGGGAAAAUUUAAGAUAUCACAAUUGGUGGGCGUACAGGUACUACGUGUGUGAGCUGCUCGCCCUAAUAAAUGUGAUAGGUCAAAUGUUUCUUAUGAAUCGAUUUUUCGAUGGUGAAUUUAUGACAUUUGGCUUGGAUGUGAUAGAUUAUAUGGAGACCGAUCAGGAAGAUCGCAUGGAUCCGAUGAUUUACAUAUUUCCCAGAAUGACCAAAUGUACAUUUUUUAAAUAUGGUUCAAGUGGGGAGGUGGAAAAGCACGACGCCAUUUGCAUUUUACCAUUAAACGUUGUUAAUGAGAAAAUUUACAUUUUCCUUUGGUUUUGGUUUAUAUUAUUAACGUUACUCACAUUAUUAACGCUAAUAUACAGGGUGGUUAUUAUAUUCUCGCCUCGAAUGAGGGUCUAUUUAUUUCGAAUGCGAUUUAGGUUAGUGCGUCGAGACGCAAUUGAAAUAAUCGUUCGUCGUUCCAAGAUGGGCGAUUGGUUUUUGUUGUAUUUAUUAGGUGAAAAUAUAGAUACAGUUAUAUUUCGUGAUGUUGUACAGGAUUUAGCAAAUCGCUUAGGACAUAACCAACACCACAGGGUGCCUGGAUUGAAAGGUGAAAUACAGGAUGCAUGAUAUUGGGAGUAUUAGAAACAAUACAAAAUGCAAUAUGUCGUCUCAAUAUGAAAACCACAACAACAACAACAACA